AAUUGCUAUAUUUGGGGUGAGCACUUUGCAUUGUCCAUGUUUAGCACGCGUUCGGUCUGUGUCGAUGAAUGGAUUGCGGUUUCCAAAGAGUGCAAAUACUUGCCUGAAGAAGAUAUGGUAUCACUCUGUAAUUGUCUAAUCGCGCGUCUUUUGAAAGAACCGAAUGUAGUCCCUGUCGAAACCCCUGUGACGAUUUGUGGUGAUAUACAUGGUCAAUUCUACGACUUACUAGAGCUUUUUCGUACUGGUGGAGAGCUACCUAGCACUAAGUAUGUGUUUAUGGGAGAUUAUGUGGAUCGUGGGUAUUAUAGUUUAGAAACCGUAACCCUUCUUUUCGCUCUAAUGCUCAAGUACCCCGAAAGGAUCACACUGUUACGUGGUAAUCAUGAAUCUCGCAGAAUUUCUUCUGUUUAUGGCUUCUACGAUGAAUGUAUUCAAAAGUAUGGUCACAUGUUGGUUUUCAGUUGGUGUUGCAAGGUGUUCGAUGUGUUACCCAUCGCUGCUAUUAUUGAUGACACUAUAUUGUGUGUUCAUGGAGGUUUGUCACCGGAAAUUAAAUCAAUCGAUAAGAUGCUUAGUCUUCAUCGUGCAGUUGAGAUACCCACCAAGGGUCCUCUUUGUGAUCUCGUGUGGUCAGAUCCUGAUGAAGAUGAAGAAGGAUGGCAUCUUAGUCCACGUGGUGCAGGCUGGGUAUUUGGUGAAAUAGUUGCGAAAACGUUCCUACAUACGAAUGGGCUAGAAUUGAUUUGUCGAUCUCAUCAACUCGUCGAUGAAGGUUUUCGGUACUUAUUCAAUGAGAGGCUGUGCACAGUGUGGUCAGGUAAACUGCUUUCUUUUUGUUCUGCACUAUCUUAUAGUCGAUUUUUGCCACAGUACUUCUCGGAAACUCAAUGA